CCACACCUCCUAGCUACUACUACCUUCUCUCAAAGAUAUAGAUUGCUUAACACUGCUGUAGAUCUUUUGCCUUUCGUCACUUGUAAAAUCUGUAUUUUUUAAAUGAAAAAUAUCAGUGUUUUAAGUAUAUAAAGAUCAGUUUUAACUGUUAAAUUACUGGGUGGAAGUGGGUGUUAACCAAUUUCAUUGUCAAUUCUUCUUUAAUACGGAAAAAACCAAAAUUUAAAGAUGCCACCUCCACCAAAAAAGGCUCCAACAAAAGGCGCUAAGCAGAUAUUGGUGGAAAAUCAAGCUACAAUCAGCUUCUAUAGGAACAUGGCAGGAGCUUCUGGGUUAUUCUACAACUCUGUUAUGUUUGGAAUUUACCAUGAUGAAGUCCGAUCUUGGUUAAUGUUCAUGAACGUGUUUGUGUUGGCUAUUUACGUUGGGAGCUACCAAUUGAUGAGAUACAUCAGUCGACCAACAUAUUCUGAACAUGGACAUCUUAUAGAUCCCGGCCUAGAUCUUAACAUGGAAGGUGGAAUGGGCGAGCAUAUCAAAGAUAUAGUAAUUCUAACAGCAAUAGCACACAUCACAGCAGUGAUGUCCAAUUACUUUUGGCUCCUAUUGUUUCUCAUACCUGCUCGUGCAUUUUGGCUUAUUUGGAAGAAUUUGUUAGCCCCAUGGUUGUUCCAAGAAGCACCUGAAGACACAGAGCAAGAUGAAAAGAAAAGGAAAAAAAUUGAGCGCAGGAUGAGGCGCCAUCAGUAAAUAUAAGAUAGUAAAUAUUUUUAAAAUAAAUUAUAUGUGUAGAUUGACAUAUUAUGAUUAUCUACAUCUAUGUUUGUUAAUUACUGUGGAACGUGGUUUGAAAUCAUUAUUGUAAUUUACUUGGUCAACACCAAAAUGGAUUGAUUUGUUCUAAGUUAUAUGUUAAUUAAGGUGAACAUAAAUGUAUAUAAAAAAUAAAAACUAAUAAUACCUUUAAAAAUUACUAACUACUGAUAUAUUCAAAUAGUAAAUUUAAAAUAUAAAGUUAUAAAACUUAGCCAUUAUUUCUUGGAAUAUCCUUCAAAUCAUUAUUUUCAAUACUCCUAAAAAGUUGCAGGCUUAAAGUUCAAUCUUACAUGCAAAAAUAUGGCAUGUAAGCUUUAGAAAUUGACUAAGUUAGAAUUUCCUAUUAAGGUGCUAAAAAUACAUUGGAUUAAAAUUUCAUUCAAUCAAAAAAUAGAUAGUUACGGGUUUGGAUCAAGUAAAUGUACAGAUAAAUUAUUGUUCAAGUUCAAUAUUUGUAUUAUUGGUGAUGCAAUAUUUUUUUACUCUGCUGUUUUUACUAGGAGUUUUUAACAUUACCUGAAUAUGUUUAAUGUAGUUGAACUAUAUGGUGUAAUAAAUAUUGUAAUUAUUUUUAAUUUGUAGGUUAUGGUUUAUUAAGACAAGUGGUAAAAUUUAGUUUGUUUUUAUUUAAGUUUUAAAUUUAUAAAGUUUAUGGCUAAAAAGGUUGGUAUUAUAGAUAAAUGUUUUAAAGCUCUGGAUGUAUUUUGUGUAAUUUAAUCAUCAAUGUAUUGGAUGUUUAUAAAGCAUAAUGUAUAUCAAUUAUAUUUAAUAAAUUCUGA